AUGGUUACCUUUCAAGAGAUAACAGAAGAAAUAGAAAAGCAGAAGGAAGAAGUGACUGUUCUGAAAGAAAGUGAGCCGGAAAACGCCCCCUCUGGAGCAAGUAAAGACGAUCUCUACGAAGUUGAAGGAAAUUUGAGAAAAGCAGAGCAGAUUCAGUCCAAUAGAAAUGCCACCCGGGCGCAGAGAAAAGAAGGAUCUCGUAUUCUUACAAAAGUGAUCAAUUCCGAACCUUACGAAGUCCUCAGCGACGUGAAAGUCCUUCCUCAAAUCGUGAAGCUCACCUGUCGACUUUUCGCUGAUGAUUCCGAAUCGAUCAGAACCGACGCCACGAAAAAUAUUGAAGUGCUCAUUGAUGUACUCAACAAUCCUAAUCUCCUUGCUGGGUUGAUUCCGACGCUUGAAUCGAGACUUGGCACUGAGAGAAUCGUGGAAGAUUGCGAAGAGUUGCGUCUUGAGCAGCUGAGGCUUAUAUUUCGAGUGAUCAAAAACCACCCAGAAGUGAUCCCUGGCUACAUGCCUGAAAUCUCGCUCAUUCUUUCUCGAACCCUGGCAGAUCCUUUCGUCACUGCUCGCCUUGUCGCCAACGAAAUUCUUCGCCACAUGAUCGCCACUUAUCCUUACAACUUCCAUCAAUACGCUGAAUUCAUGCUUCCAGCUUUGUUCUCCUCCAGUAAUCAUCAGCAGUCCAAAGUUCGUGCAAGCACAGUCACUAGCACUUGGCAGUUGUUAAAAAUCGCCGCUCCCGAGCAUUUGCGAAAGAACAUGAGCAUUCUCGUUCAACGAACCUUCGAUACAAAUGCUACAGUCAGAAUGGCUUUGCUGAUCGAAGUGGUCGACUAUUUGAAGACGUAUCGCGAUCGGUACUCCUUUUUCAACCUCUUGAUUCCGAUCCUUUUUGGCAUGUUCGACGAUGAAGACCGAGCGAUCGCGGAAAAGUCGAAGUUUGAAUGGAACGAAAUUGGCGCAGUUUUUGAGAAUGAGAACGAGACUGAUUUGAAAGAAGAGAUGGACUAUCCCGUCGCGCCGCCGCAGGCCUGGCCUGAGGGCGUGCCCAGAAGCAGGCUGGGCUGUCGGGAGCUCUGUGGGAGGAAUUUAAUGGGGAUGAUGAAUGGGCUCGCGAAUGAUGCCACAGAUAAUCUGAGCCUGGAGAAUCGCAUCAUGGCAACUCGAAUUUACGGCCUCGUCAUUUCCCAUUGCGAAAGAAAUAUUCACCAGCAUGUGCCAAAGAUAGUCGAAGUGAUCAAUCGCGCGUGUAACGAUAGAGACCCUCAAGUCCGUGAAAACGGCGACCAAAUUGCCAACUGGCUGACGAUUCUGGCGACUCCAGAGCUUGUGCUCAAGGUUGUGCUUCCUGGAGUGCAGGGAUUUGCCUUUGGAACGCUUUCGAUCUUGGAAAACUUUGCGAAAAACGUCUGGAACGAGACAGAGCUCCAGAACAAACUCGCAAAGGCGAUUUUUAAAGCAAUGCCUCACAUGGUCCGAGAUAAGCGGCAAAUCGAGACUGUCCGCCGCACGCUCGAGCAUUUAUCCAAAAGACAAAACAUAAAUGUUUUCAACGUUGUCUGCUCCGAGAUCUACUGCCAGGCAUUGAACGACAAAGAGACGGAUUACGAGCCGGCAAGUAUCAAAAACUUUGGUGCUCCGUUGGACGACGUUAUUGGACAAGUUGGAGUUAAAUUUAUUCAAGCAAAUCAAGGCAGCCUCAAAUCGUGGAACCAACACUCCAACGAGUUUUGGACCUGGAUUUGCUUUCUACAGUUCGCGCGUUUUCACAAAAUCGACGCGAUUUUCGACGGAUCGAGAAUGAUUUUUGAAGAUUUACUCGACACCAGACUUGAGAAUCAGCGCAUCCGGCUCAAGACCGUCGAGGUGCUCUUCCGUCUCUUUCAGUCGGACCCCGAAUCGCUUCCGGAACAGGCAAGAAAGACACUCAUAGCCCUCGUCUCAAAGAACCUCACUUAUCGCGUCGGCCGCAUCGAGUCAGCUGUCAAACUUGCGUCAGUUUCGAUCCUCUGCUCUCUACUUCCAUUAGAAUCGGAGAUGGAUCAAGUCAUGUGGUACAACGGUCACGAGGCCACCAUCCACUCUGUCGUUGAGGACGAUGAAGUUUGCAUCAGGAAGCAUGGCUUGUUUCUGGUUUCGAACUUGCUGCACGAGAUCAGCGGGCAGUACUUGGAAACGGAUUUCCUUCACAAGGUCCUGUACAAAUUCCUCGAACGAUUGGACGACCCGCACAAUGAUUUCCGUAUUCUUGCCACCAGGUGCGCCCAGCGAAUCUACUCAAUGCUGGACCAGAAGUUCCAUGGAAACUAUGACAAAACUCUCUAUGGAGCGCAUACUGAGCAUGGCGCGAAAAUCCUGAUCCUGCACUUUGAAGACGAGAACCCAGAUGUCAAGAGCGCUGUCUACGACGCUCUGAAGAACCUGAAAAAGCUCGACCCAGAGCGAGUUGCCGAACUCGCCCGAGAAAAGAUCCCAAAUUCACCUCGCCUCGCCCAGCUCUUCGAAUAA